GCAUACAAACAUCAAACGUCAACAAAAAUUAACAAAAAUGGCGCUGGUCUAUGCGAGACUUCUCUGCCGCCGUAAUGUCGAUUUUCGACAUUUUCGAAGCAUUUAUACGUGUAGUCCUCUCAGCUCUGCGGUUUCGAAACCAUUAUUUACAAGUAUAACUUGCGAAACCCAUGAUGAGAAGAACAAGCGUCUGAAAAGACCUAUGUCGCCGCAUAUGACCAUCUAUCAAGUUCAGUUAACAUGGAUGCUUUCGUUGUCGCACCGCACUACUGGCAUUAUACUCGCUAGUUACGCAGCGUUCCUUGGAACGUUGUGUAUACCAGGUGGUAUUCCCUGCUUCAUAGAAGUGGUGAAUAUAUGUUUGCCUUCACCUGUACUGUUCGCUGGUAAAACCUUGCUCGCUCUACCUGUUACUUAUCAUACAUUCAAUGGAAUACGUCAUUUGGCUUGGGAUGUAGGAAUGUUUCUAACGAUUAAGGAUGUAUACAGCACUGGAUACGUAGUGUCAGCAUUGUCAGUAAUCUCUGCACUUAUUCUAGCAGCGAUGUAAGAAUUGUACAUUCAUCAAGAAACAAUUGUUUAAAAUUAGUUGUAUCAAAUAAUGUUCCAAUUAUAUUGUAUUGAAUUAAUACCUUAAUUACAGGAAAAAUAAUUUAUUAAAACUAA